AUGGCGCGUCAGGGCAAUCAAACUCCAGUGACGCGCACAGGCAGUUUACCGCCUAGGAUCUCCAAAUCUGCACGAUCGACGUCCAGACCCAAACGGCCCCCCGGACGCCCUUUCAAGCUACCUCGGAGUGCAAGUGCAAGCAUCUCAUCAUCCCGGUCUAGUCGCUCGGGCCGACCCUCGGCAUCCCCGAGCGUCGCCCCAACUCCACCUCGCAGGGUGCUGUCCAUGCUCGAGGCCCUGCCCAGGGAGCUCAUUGAGCAGAUCUUUCUCCAUUCAUUAAACCUCAACCUCCCACGGGCUUCACCCGCCCUCGCUGCCGCGCUCUCUAGAGAACACAUCUACAAGCUUCUGAUCAUCCUCGCCUGUUGGGAUGACCCGCCAGACAGCAGCUCCUCAUACAAAGGCAUCGGGACCCUCCUAGCGCCGCUGGAUUACAUUCCAUUGGGCAUCACUCAACGCGCCAAGCUGCAGGAGGAUGUCUUCCGCUGUCGAUUUUGCACCCUGGAUCGCGUCCGAGACCAGAUUCCCACCAUGAUGCUCUUGACCAUCCGCCGCCAGUGGAUCAACAACGAUAUCGUUAUGGAGCCAGACCAGCAGGAAGCUUUGGAACAGUUCAUGGAGCGCAAAGACAACAAAGUUGCCACCUUCCAAGGAAAAGGACCGCCAGUCCAAAUAGUGCCCCAGAUCAGGGCCAAUCCCGAAUUGCUGCGUCGAGCCCAACAGCCCGGUCCGCACGAGUACGAGCUAUGCGUCAACCCGAUGACCCUCAUCGAAUACCGCUCAAAAACAUUAGGCACAACCGUCACUUGGCCCGCCCUCAAUCUUAAAGUCUUCCCACCCAAUCUCCUGCGCGGCGGACCCAACGGCUUCAGCGAUGCCGACGUCGAAUUCCUCGAAAUGCUACGCAUCACCUCGGGCAACACCCUUCCGCCCUCCAGCGAGCUGGGACCUUGUACAUAUACCACCGUGGACCGGGGCGCCCUACACACUGGCGUGAACAAAGCAAUCUUAACGCAGAAUUUCGCGGCUCUCGAAACAUUACUCAAAAUCGACGAGCUCUUCUGUCGCUUCCACGGCCAUAGAACAGAAGAAUCCGUCUUCUACACCAUCCCAUCCGAGCACUACCUCACCGUGAUCCGUCUACGCUGCGAUCCCCUACAGAGCGUCCGACUGUUUCAGACUCUCCUCCGUGCCUCGGCGGAGUCGAUGCCGAUCAAAUCGACGGAACUGACUCAAUGGAUGUUUAAUCUCGUUUCGAUGGCUGAGCAAGAUCCCGUGCGAUAUGGCCGAAUCAGCAAAUUCGUCCACUGGUUAAUGGAUUUCUAUCUUGAGAUCGAGAACCAUAUUGAAAGGGCGGGGGAAUAUCCUGUCCACGCAUUGUUCUAUCAGGGAUUGUUGGAUCCACAGGAUGGGAUGGGAAGGAAGUAUAUUGAUGCAGUAUAUGGCCCCGGUGCGGAACCGCCCAAGCGAUAUAUCGAUGAGACUUCGUUCGACGCGAAGCAUUGGUGGUUGAAGCAGGCUGGCCCGCAAGUGCCUCCUCGUUUUGUGAGAAGUCCUCCGCGGACCGGGCCUUGA